UAUGGAAACGCGUAUGUGCAUGUGCGUGCGCUCAGCUAAAUGAUAUAAAAGAGUGGAAAAUUGUGCGUAGCCCUGUUGUAAAUCGUGAACUUCUGAACAGUACGGUCGGUUAGUGCUUGACAUCGAAAAUGACUGGACGAGGAAAAGGAGGCAAAGGUCUGGGUAAAGGAGGAGCCAAGCGUCAUCGCAAAGUGCUGCGUGAUAACAUCCAGGGCAUCACCAAGCCGGCCAUCCGUCGUCUGGCCCGCCGUGGAGGAGUGAAGCGUAUCUCUGGCCUCAUCUACGAAGAAACGCGUGGCGUGCUGAAAGUGUUCUUGGAAAAUGUUAUCCGCGAUGCGGUCACCUAUACCGAACACGCCAAGCGCAAGACCGUCACCGCGAUGGAUGUAGUGUACGCGCUGAAGCGUCAGGGUCGCACGCUGUACGGUUUCGGAGGUUAAGCCGCACCCACCAGCCAACGCAGAUUUUGCCCUCAUCUCAACGGUCCUUAUCAGGACCACACAUCCUUUGCGUCAAAAUUCUUUUUCUUAUGGUUUCGAAUGUAAGUGCGUAAGAUUCAUUUGAGGUAUUGAGAAACAUUUUUACCUGAUUGACAUCAUCCACCAAAGCGUUAGUCAAGCGCUUUGAUUCGCGUGGUGUACAUACAUCACGCAUUACGAAGAACAUGCAGUCGAAGGCAGACAAUACGGUGAAAUCUCGUUUGUUUCUAAAUAAUAAAUAAACUCACCGAAAGCUGUAAACCGAAUUAUAGCUCCAUGGGUUUUCACCAGCAAGGAAACAAGGUACAUGUUUUUUUCCUCCAGCAGGCGUCACGUAGAAGUUCGUUAAGCCAAAAAGAAGAAGCCGAUGAGCAUCGCGUCGAUUCUCCACCGCGUUCCAGUCCUGAAAUGGUCGGUUCAGCCGUGUGCAUGAGUGUGUGUCUGUAUGUACGCGCUACGGAUUGAGAAUGUCUGAAGUGUGUAAAAACGGUGAAAUUUGUCUCUAUUCCGUUUGCAACACUUUCAAAAAUCGGCGUUUGUUAAGAUGAAGCACGAAGCAUUUCACAAAUCCAGUCUUUUUCAAGACUUACGAAAGAUAUUUCAACA